CAAAGAGUAGAAUCAUAUUCCAAAACUUAAUUGCUACAAUGUUGUUUAUUUAUACAAAUAUAUAUUGUUCUAUGUCUUGCUCUGCCUAAGAAAUUCUACUUUCUCCUUACAUGUUCAAGGCUUGUAAUAUCUAGCAUAGCAAAAUGGCCAAUGUAGUGGAAGUGAAAGUUGGUUUACAUUGUGAUGAGUGUAUCAAGAAAAUUCUCAAGGCCAUCAAGAAGAUUGAAGAUAUCGAGACAUACAACGUGGACAAACAAUUGAACAAGGUUAUUGUUACGGGCAAUGUUACCAAUGAAGAAGUGAUUGGAGUUCUUCAUAAGGCUGGCAAGAAUGCAACUGUAUGGGAAAAUGUUCAAUGUUGAAACCAUAAUUUCUUUUUUAAGCUUUCUUUAUCAUAUAAGAAACAUAUAGAACUAUGCAUGAUGUGAAGUUCUAUCAUCUAUUUAGAGUUUGUAGAGGCAUGGUUAUAUAUCUACUCUAUUCAGUAUUGUAAUUUUGUCCUUUGAAUAAUACACAUAUGAUUGGGAGCUGGUA